GGAUAGUUCAGUCGCGCUCCGAGAUUCGAGAGGAGCGGUCGCGUCGGUCGUGUCUGUGUUUGUUGACCGCCGUUACGUGUGUUGUGUUGUUGGUUUGGUUACUUUACGUCAGUUCCACUCUUGGGAUUACCAUUUGGAGCCUUAGUGUUGCAAGAUGAUGAAACACGUACAGCUUUCUCCGUUCAGGAGCAGAGCUGAUACAGUGUCCCUCAGUUCCACCACGUCUUACGGCAGUUUGAGUCCGGAGCCUUUGGGCAGCAGAUCCUCCAGUUACUCUUUCCUCAACGAACCCGGAUCGUCCAAUUUUCAGACUACCAUAAAAGUGUACGCAAGAUGUUUGAGGUCCGACAUAGAAUAUAAAACGCUGAGCAUAACAUUUCAAACCACAUGCAAAGAAGUGGUUUCCACGUUGCUGGGAAAGUACAAAAUGAAACAUCGAGAUCCAAAGUUGUUCUAUCUGAGCAUGGAAGUGACCGUCAGGAAGGCCGGAGUCAAGACGCACUUGGCCCUGGACGAAGAAGCACGACCUGCCGUUUUGCAAAGUUGCCAUCCUAAAGGAGAUUCAAAAUUUUCAUUACAAACGAGACGUGGAGGCUUGGUAAAAGUGUACGAUUCGGUCUUGAACAGCAACAGCCAAUACAAAUCGCUUUUGAUCAGUGCCAGAACGACAGUUGACGAACUAAUAUCGCUAUUGCUCAACUGUUACAACAGCAAAGAACGGGUGGAACAGUUUUCUCUGUACGAAGUGAACAAUGAUAAGGAACAACAGAGAAAACUCCAUCCGGACGACAGACCUUUGCAAGUGCAACAAACCUGGUUACCUUCGCACGAAUGCCAUUUUCUAAUUAGGAGGAACCCCGAUUAUCUUCCGCUCUCCAGAAGAAAGAUAUUUUGGGUGUCAGAUAUGCCGCCUCUCCCCGCUUCCAAACAGUUUCAAACCCGACCGUUGAACAUGUCGAAAAGUUCCACGUCUCUGACGACCAUCAAGAAAACAGACGAGAAACCGAAAUCCGAAACGGUGACGAAAAGCACGGAGAAACUGUUCCAGAAUAAACAGCUGACCACCAAAAAACCGGAUAGCCCUUCUUAUGCGGACUACGAGAACUAUUUUUACAUCUAACGUUGUUCAACUUUUAAAAUGCUUGUAAAUAAUUGUGUGACAUCUAGUUAUUGUUGUUAUUGUUUUACGAUUAGAUGUGAUAAUUCUCGAUUGUCUGAGCCAAAGAAUUGUUAGGAUGUUCAAAGGAUUCUUGCCCACUUUCAACUUGUCUCAAAGACCCGACCAACCCGACCAAUCAUUACAUAAUCCUUUAAUGAUGAUAUAUAUAUCACCGUAUGUAUUUUCCCAAAGACUAGCGGUUAGUAUUUUUUAAUUGUGUGUGACAACAAAAUUGUGCAAUUAGUUGUUGUUCUGCUGAGACGAACGAUGAUAAUUUUCUAAUAUGUUAGGACAAACCAAAGAUCGUUUAUAAUUUUGUACAUAUUCUUUAGUGUAAGUAAUAAUCAUGUUUGAAUAAAUGUGUCUACAUUCAAA